AUGAAUCUGGAAAUGAAUGCCAAGAACACAGGAACACCUAACGAGAACAAUAUGACGGUAGUCUCUGAGUUUUUUCUUUUAGGAUUUCAAAUCAGUCAAAGUUUAAAAAUAUCCCUGUUCUGUCUCCUCCUGGUGGCUUACUGUGGGACAAUGUGUGGGAACCUCCUGAUCAUCACCCUGGUGUCCACCUGCAAGAAUCUCCACUCUCCAAUGUACUUCUUCAUCUCGCAGCUGUCCAUCAGCGACAUCUUGUUACCCACUGAUAUUGUCCCCAACCUGCUCCACAUCUUACUGAAUAAUGGCCAGACCGUUACUUUUAACAACUGCAUCUUUCAGCUUUAUGUCUUCUGUGCCUCAGAAACUUUAGAAUGUCUUCUUCUCACAGUGAUGUCUUAUGACAGAUAUGUGGCCAUCUGUAAUCCCCUCCGUUACACCUCUAUCAUGACAAGUACCCAUUGUGUGAUAUUGUCCUUCUUCUCUUGGAUAUUUGGAUGCAUUUUUAUUUUGACUUACAUCAUAACAGUGGCAAAACUACAUUUUUGUGGACCAAAUACCAUUGACCAUUUAUUCUGUGACAUUGUCCCGUUACUAAAACUUGCUUGUUCUGAUACCCUUAUUAUCCAACUAGAGAUUUAUUUACUAAGUAUUCCAAUUGUAAUAAUACCAACCACAAUCAUUAUAAUUUCUUAUGUUUACAUUGGUUUAGAAAUUUUGAGGAUCCCAUCCAGUACUGGUAGACAGAAAGCCUUCUCCACCUGUAGCUCUCACCUCAUUGUGGUCUCCAUAUUCUAUGGGACUAUAUUCAGUGUUUAUGUUGUCCCAACAAAAGGGAAAACACUAACAAUAAGCAAAAUCCUCUCCCUGCUGUAUACUGUAUUUACUCCUAUGAUUAACCCCAUUAUAUACAGCCUGAGAAAUAAAGACAUUAGAAAAGCCAUACAAGAAAUAAUUGAUAAACAUGAGAUAUGA